GUUCGACUCGUGACAGACGACGACAUUGGCAUAAAAGUGCUCCGCGAAGCACAAGACAAAACCCAGGCCAUCGACAUAGUCGCAAUCCACGGCAUUGGAGCGCAUCCAGAUGACAGCUGGUGCAGAAACGUGGGCACUGCAGAGAACCCACAGUGGGUUAACUGGCUCCACCAUAACGCUAUGCUACCAGCCGUAGCACCUCACGCGCGCAUCAUGCGAUAUGGAUACCAGUCGCAAUGGUUCGGAGAAGGAGCAAUGCGGCAGAAUGCAUCGACGGUGUCGCAGCGACUACGCAAGGCACUAAGAAGGAAGAGAGAGGAGUGUCCGUCCCGCCCAUUGAUUUUCAUAGCACACUGCUUUGGUGGCUUGGUUGUUCUGAAGGCAGACGCCUAUCAGGACGACGAAUGGCGUAGUUCAUUGGCUUCCACUGCCGGUUUGAUAUUUCUCGGAACGCCGUUCCGAGGGGCAGAAGGUAUGAAGCUGAUAGAAAUGUUCGACGCGGCGCGGAGGGAAUACGAUGAAGAUCAG